GGAUACGAUGUAUUGCUUUUACUCGCUACGAAAACGGGAUUUAUGUUUUUUCACAACCCCCCAAAAAUCACCACAAAAGGCGAUUGGUUCCAAAUGGAGUUGGGGGUUUCCUUUGAUUCGUUUUUUCCUUCUUCUUAAAAAUCAAUCAUGCAACCGGGGGGUUAACAUUUUGGAUGCAAUUUACCGUAUACAACUCGAACCCCCAUUUUCUUUUUUUUUUUUUCAAGUCAGACAGAAGACGUGUGUAUUUCAGCUUUUUAAUUGAAGUGUAGUUUCCCCUAUUUUAAUUUUCUUUAAAAAAAAAAAAAAAAAAAAAAAAAAAAAAAAAAACACCGAGUGUUCGGGGAGAAAUAUACUGGGCUGUACACAGUGAGUUACUAGCGAGAGAAAGGCCGUGAAAAAAAAACUUUUCUUAAACUCCAAGCAAGUUAGAGUCGAGCAUGCAGAAUUCAGAGGGAGGAGCUGAUUCGCCGGCCACGGUUGCUCUGCGGACUUCAACCUCGGCACAAGCCCCUGUAGUGCAGCCAGUCCCAGCAUCCCAACAGAGGGUCCUGGUGCAGGCAACAGGCUCAGCCCAGAAGGGAGGACAGGUUCAGCAGCUUUCUGUACCCAGAGUGCAACAGGUCCCACAACAGAUACAGCAAGUUCAGCAUGUGUACCCAUCCCAAGUCCAGUAUGUAGAAGGUGGAGAGGCAGUGUACACCAAUGGAACCAUUCGCACAGCCUAUGCUUACAACCCAGAGGCCCAGCUGUACGGGCAGGGCAGUGGUGGCCCCUACUUCGACUCACAGGCAGGGAGCACCCAGGUGACCACGGUGGUGUCUUCUGCCAGUGGGGUCCCACCGCACGGCAUGGUGGGCAUUGCCAUGGACGUGGGAGGAAGCCAGAUCAUCUCCAGUACUGGGACCUACCUCAUCCACGGAGGAGGCAUGGACGGGAACCGACACCACACUUCCCACUCCUCCCGUUCCUCAUCCGCAAUGCUUGAAAUGGCGAUUGAAAACCUCCAAAAGUCUGAAGGGAUUGCAUCUCACAAAAGCAGCCUGCUCAACAGCCAUCUGCAAUGGCUGCUAGACAACUACGAGACUGCAGAGGGGGUCAGCCUCCCCAGGAGCUCCCUCUACAACCACUACCUUCGUCACUGCCAGGAGCAGAAACUGGAUCCCGUCAACGCAGCCUCCUUUGGGAAACUCAUUCGCUCCGUCUUCAUGGGGCUGAGAACCAGACGGCUGGGCACAAGAGGGAACUCAAAGUAUCACUACUAUGGGAUCCGUCUGAAACCAGACUCUCCCCUGAACCGCUUGCAGGAAGAUUCCCAGUACAUGGCAAUGAGACAGCAGCCUGUCCACCAAAAACAAAGGUUUAAGCCACUGCAAAAGGUGGAUGGCAUGGGGGAUAAUUUAGCCGGUGCUGCCCAGAAUUCAGCAGCAACCCCAGAACAAUCUGUGGCUGCUCAAAGUCAGCAUCACCAACAGUUUAUUGACGUGUCCCAUGUUUUGCCUGAAUUCCCGGCCCCUGAGAUUGGAACCUCUCCAGUGCCUGAGGGUAUCAGCAUGAAUGAUGUCAAGAAGCUGCAGAUCCUCUACAGGGAGCACUGUGAGGCAACCCUGGAUGUAGUGAUGAACCUGCAGUUCCAUUUCAUUGAGAAGCUAUGGCAGACAUUCUGGUAUUCAACAGCGCCAUCUAGUGACGGAGCCACUACAGUCUCUCCCAGCGAGGAGGAAUCUGAAAGCAUCAUUCCCAGGGAGAAGCUGAUUGCUCUGUGUAAAUACGAGCCUGUCAGGGUGUGGAUGAGGAGCUGUGAUCACAUCCUCUACCAGGCACUGGUGGAGAUCCUCAUCCCUGAUGUACUCAGACCGGUACCGAGUACCCUUACUCAAGCCAUUCGUAACUUUGCGAAGAGUUUGGAAGGAUGGCUGACCACGGCUAUGAAUGAUUUUCCACAGGAGAUUGUUCGCACCAAGGCAGCAGUGGUGAGUGCCUUUGCCCAGACCCUAAGACGUUACACCUCUCUGAACCACCUGGCUCAGGCUGCCAGGGCAGUGCUGCAGAACACUUCUCAGAUCAACCAGAUGCUGAGCGACCUCAAUCGGGUGGACUUUGCCAACGUGCAGGAGCAGGCAUCCUGGGUGUGUCAGUGUGAGGAGGGGAUGGUCCAGCGGCUGGAGCAGGAUUUCAAGGUGACCCUGCAGCAGCAGAGCUCUCUGGACCAGUGGGCAGCCUGGCUGGACAAUGUUGUCAACCAGGUCCUGAAGCCACAUGAGGGAAGUCCCAGUUUCCCCAAGGCAGCCCGCCAGUUCCUGCUCAAGUGGUCCUUUUACAGCUCGAUGGUGAUCCGUGACCUGACCCUGCGCAGUGCCGCCAGCUUCGGCUCCUUCCACCUGAUCAGGCUGCUCUACGACGAGUACAUGUUCUACCUGGUGGAGCACCGCGUGGCCCAGGCCACUGGGGAGACACCCAUCGCAGUGAUGGGAGAGUUCAGUGAUCUCAACUCCAUGAUGCCUUUGCUUAUGGAUAAAGACCAGUCCCAUUUCUCAGAUGAUAUGAGUGAUGUUGGAAGUGAGGCGGACAGUUCCAGAGGACUGAGUGAGCCCCCAGUCAAACGGGAGCGCAUUGAACUGAACCACUCUCUGCAGGAGAUCUGAUGAGGAUCUGAAACCAAGUAGCUCCCCACUUUAGUACUGUCAUGUUCCUGCUAGCUGUUAAGCAAACUGUUUGCUUUCCUAGUGCAUAUGGGCUGUGGGGAGGUGAUUGCAACAAGCUUGUUCUGAUUAAGCACUGACUGCGAGUGGGGAUACUGCAGCUUUAAAUAAGGCAGCCAAAAACUUUUUUUUUCUUUUUUUAAAAUGUGGGGACAAAACAAUCCAUAUGUUAUGAUUUUUUUUUUUUCAUUUGCCUUUUGUGUACAUCCCCUCAAACUAAUUUUAUAUUACAUUACACACACUCACACACACGCAGUUCUCUGGAAUGCUAUCGGUGCCCCCCUCCCCCCCCCUCAAAGCAGGUUGUAUAGAAAAUGAAAAAGAUGGUUCCCACGUUUUAAACCCCAGAACAUAUGAACGUUUAUAUUAAACAGUUUUUUGUUAUUUUACUUUGGGGAUUUCGUUACCUUUUCAUUGUUUUUGUUACUGUGAAUAGAUGAGUGACAUGGAUGUUGUACAGUACAUUAGUUUAGUUCCACAUUUCCGCUGGAGUAAUGUUUAAAUAGGUGUGCCAUAGUUAAUGCAGUGCCUUAGACGAAACGCAACCUGUACAGAUUUGUUGGUUUUUCUUUCUUUAACCCUGUCUUGAACUGUGCCUAUUUAUAUCUACAGCUGUCUGCAUUCCUCUUUCAUGCUUUUUAUAAUGUCAAAUCAAAUGCCUCACAAUACGAACCCAAACCAAAAUCAAAAAAAUCUGCCUCGAAGUUUUCUAAAGGAGCAUAGAAUGUAAAGGUCUCGGCUGCCACAUAAAAGGCUGGUGACUGCCUCUGGGACGUGGUGUCAGUUGUCAGAGGAAUACUGACUUAUCUAGUCUUGUUUGUGAUGCUGCAGUAUGUAAUGUUCCACAGUCUUUCUCUACUCCAGUAACCUGCUCCUAGGCUUGGUGAUGGGUUCUUAUAUUCUUAUACUGUACUGUGUAGCACAGUGUUGUAGCUGCUGCGCUUCUUCUCCCUGCACUCUUAAGCUGCUCAAACCCCUUGCCUUCCAUACUAUACAUUGUGUGCUUUAACUAAGCCACUCGCACACGUUAUAUUCUUUCUUCUGUUUUUUUUUGUUUGUUUAUUGAAACA